GGGAAACCUUGGAAAAAGGGAAUUUGGGCGGGGGGAACCCCUAGGGGAAAAAAAAAGAGCGGGUCGCAGCAGGGACACCACCGAACCGCCCGGUAUUGAGUGGGGGAAUUGUGCGAAUUGCCCGAAUUGUUGAGGCUCUCCUGUGUGGAGGCAGCACAGGCAGGUCCUCGCUCCAGCACCACCAUGGACUGGUUCCACUGCUGUCGCUGCUUCCGCCAGGAUGGCGCCCGCUUCGCCAUCACCAACUGCGGCCACAUCCUGUGCGAGGGCUGUGGGGGCUCAGGUCCCUGCCCAGUCUGUGGCACUGCCUGCCGCUACCUGCCCAUAUCUGAUCAGAUGCGCCCAGAGGAGAAGGUUUUCUUCAAGAACCCAGUGGCCCUCGCCCUCAAGCACCUUGCCCACAUCACGCAGGUGUGGCGGUUCCAGACGGCACAGGCACAACUUCUGGUGGACUUGCACCGGGACAGAACUCGGCGGGUGCAGGCAGAGCUGGACAAGGCCAGAGAGGAGCUGGGGGAGAGGAGGAGGGAGCUGGAGUCACUUCGCCGGGAGAAUGAGGAGCUGCGCCGCAUGCAGCUCUCCCCAGGCUGGCACUGGAGAAGCCACAGCAGCACCCCCCGUCCCUCCCCCACACAUUCAGUCACCCCCCAGCCCCGCCGGCAGCUCAGCAGUCAAGUGGUCAGCCGCUUGGCCCCACUGGAGCCCCCCCAGUCCCACAGCACCCCAGGAUGGCAGGCUGGCGUAGCCUACAGAAAUUCAGGGACCUCCAGUGUAGGGCCCCCGUUGGCUGGGACAAGCGAGGUACAGGGCUCUGCUCUGCGGCUGGCGAGGGGCGGGUGCUCCCAGUGGGAUCUCAACCGACGGCCAUAAAGGACAGAGAUCUCUGACGGGAUCCGAGGCUCCUGAACAGGAGCUCCGGGGCUUCCCUGGAUGUUAUACCUGGAGAUAGCUGGGGGCAGAAGUUGUUAAAAAGGAAUAAAAAAAAAAAAAAAAAAAUCCAA